GACCCUCAUUGAAUGCAGCAUAUCUCUGCUAUUUAUUAAAGAGCCCAACUUCAAGAAAGAUGCCACUGCUUUAAGAAAUGCACUCAUUGAAGUCAGUGUGAGUGUUAAAACAGAAGCACCAGAAGAACAUCUGGCUCCUUUAAUGAACUGCAGAGUUUCUGGAGAAAUGCUGGUGACCAUCUGGAUGGACCACAUUACCUUUUUCACGUCAUUGCCUUGAAGGAGGCUUUUUGAAAUUCCCCUCUACCAGAACAUAAAGAGUGACUCCAAAGGAAGGCUAAGGAACAAAAGGCUCUUUCACAUCUCACCUGAACCCGUUCCAUCCUUGGUUGAAUUGGUGGAAACCGUCUCAUGCUUGCCUUGAAAAACCAGAGCAGAUUGUAACUGUGGGGAAAGGCCACUGAGAAGUGUUGUCAGGGUUAGGGCUGGCUUUGUGGAUACAAUAAUCAAUAAAAGUUACAAUUUAACUCCAAUCCAGGCUCAAGAAUCUCAUUUAACCUAUAAAAGAAGUGUAACUUCAGCAAGAUGUAUUUCCUAAGCCCUUUGAUUGGCGGAGAAUUGCCAAACAUUUGCAGAUAUCAGCCCGGUAGCAAAGCUCAUGUCCAUCUGAAACAAAUUCCUUCAUUGCCUUGAAUUAAAAUCAAAUGAUCGCUCCCUCUGAGUCCUAACUUCUGAUUUCCUUCUCCUUUAACAGAACCCACGGAGGCUUCAGAGGACGCAGUGCUACUGACCCAAGAUUGCUGCAUUGACAAGGAAUUGCUAUUUGUGGCCUGGCAAGGAGGGAGCAACAGAGGGCUGUAGCUGAAAUCCACUGUGUCUGGAAGGAUUCGUCUUGGACCUGCUGGGUGAAACAUGUCCAAAGUCUUCUCUACCAGCCUCCGUUUCCGGUUGCCCGUCUUCCUCUUCGUCUUUCAAGGAGCUCUCCUGGUCAUCUUUGUUCUGUUCACAACCUACGACCGGCACACGGAUGCUGCCAGCCAGCCCGCCAAUGUUGACCCAGCUGAGAACCAGCUCUACGCCUUCUUCUCUCUCUUCCAAGACAUCCAGUUGAUGUUGCUGGUAGGCCUCGGGUUGCUGCUGGCGUUUAUGAAAGGCUACGGGGUUAGUGCUGUUGCCUACAAUUUCCUCCUGUCCAACUUCUCCAUGCAGUGGGCCCUGAUUGUACAAGGAUUCAUCUACCACUACAGCCACGGAAAGAUCCAUCUAGGCCUCUAUAACUUCCUGACUGCUGAGUUUGCAACUGUGACUGUUCUCAUCUCAGCAGGGGCCAUCUUGGGUCGAACGAGUCCCAUCCAGCUUCUUCUCAUGGGCCUCUGUGAAGUUCCCCUCUACGUUGCCUGUGAGUGGCUAAUUAUAAGCUACUUCCAAGCGGUGGACAUAGGAGGAACUGUAACAAUCCAUGUAUUUUCUUGUUACUUUGGUCUGGGGGCCUCCAUUGCUUUGUACCGGUCAGGACUCCAGACAGGACACCCCAAGGAGACUCCCUCCUAUAUCUCUGAUCUUCUGUCCUUGGUGGGUGCCAUAUUCCUUUGGGUGUUCUGGCCCAGUUUUAUUUCUGUCCUUGUCCAUCCAGGUGAUGCCCAACAUAGGGCUGUGCUACACACCUGGAUUACACUUAGUGCCAGUGUCUUGACCACAUUUGCUACCUCCAGCCUCCUGGAGAAGAAGGGCAAAGUCAACAUGGGCCAUCUACAGAAUGCCACCUUGGCUGGAGGUGUAGCCAUUGGCACAGCAGUAGACAUGGCCAUUACUCCAGCUGGAGCAUUUCUCCUGGGGAUCUUUUCAUCUCUAGCCUGUAUCCUUGGCUUCAGAUAUAUGACACCUUUCUUGGCCACCAAAUUCCAUAUUCAGGAUCAGUGUGGGAUCCACAACCUUCAUGGUCUUCCAGGCAUCAUUGGGGCCAUGGCUGGAAUUGUGGCCAUUUUGUUAGUGCCAGAUGAGGCCUACGGCCUCCAGCUUUACCAAGUCUUCCCUGCACGGAGUCCACCCUUACAAAAUGUCACUGUGGAGACAACCUUUAUUGGUGACACCCUGGGAAGAACUGCCUCACAGCAGGCUCUUUUCCAAGUGGUAGGCCUCGGCCUCUCAAUCUUCAUGUCCCUUGUAGGAGGGUAUCUCACUGGGCUGCUUUUAAAACUACCUUUCUUAGCCCAGCCACCCGACAAUUUCUGCUUUGACGAUGAGCUUUACUUUAAAAUCCAGAAGCCACUCGAGACUUUGCGUGUUGACCAAGCUGGUGGAGAUCUUCAAGUGCCACUGAAGAACAAAGUUUGAUUGUUUUUUUACUUGUCCCUGAAAAACAGUAAUAAAAUUCCUCCUAGUAGUAUAA